UCAGCGACGUCAAACGGUCAAAGUCAAUAAUUUUAAAAUUUUGAAUGGCCGUUGUGAAAGCCCCGAUUUUCAUUUAUUUUUCGAAAACUGGCGAUGGUUAAAUCGAAGUAGAAAAAUUUAGUAGCCCUCCUUAAAAAACUUCAAAGUUUAAAAAUCAGAAAUGAAUAUAACAAGCAGAGGUACUGUACGAAAGUUGUACUACGACGAUGAGACAGGUGAAAUUAUAACCUACGAUGUGAAUGAUGAAACUGGUGAAUUGUUGCUUGAAAAUAAAUCGCCGCCGUUUGAUAAUGAAAGACAACCUCUUGAUGCACGUGAACUCGAGGCCAAGUAUAUUAAGUUCCCUCGCGGUUAUAUGAGUAAGACGAAAAAAUUCCAAUCACUGAAAGAGAACAUACUUGCUGGUUCUAACAGAACUAGUCAUCGUCUGCUGUUGAUACCAACAUUGAUGAUUUUUCCUGGCCUUUUUUGUGUGAUACUUAUGGUACUUGAGGUAUUUUUACAUGUGCGCUGCCACAAGAAGAAUAAAAAGCUUAAAGAUCCAAAUCUUUAUUACCGCAGCCCAUUCCACAUGGUUACUAGCACAUUUUGUGGAGUAUGUCGUGAUUGUGAUACAGCAUCCAAGAUUGGACAGCUACAAGAUCAGCGGCGUUACCGCUAUGACUAUUUCAGAGGCAUAGCUCUGUAAUCAUGCACAUACAGAUUGAACAAAUAAAGAGGUGCUGGUAUUUUAUGGUGAGCUUGUAAUAUAGUUUUUAUAUUUUUUAUUUGAUUUAUUGAUCUCUGAGAAGUAGUUAAGUAAUUGGGUCGGAAUUGAGUUAGAAAACUUAUUAAAUAAAUAUUGUGUUAUUAUGUAUGGUAGCCACAUUAAAAUUAAAUAUAAUUGAGUUACUAUAUUUAUUUAUUUUUGAAUAUUAUUGAAUAGAAUGUAUAAAAUGGUGGUCUUGAAUUAAUAUUUAACAUUAAACUGUCAAACACCGCGAGGACACCGGUGACCGCAACCUAUUGUUCUCUAAUUG